AUGUCAUUUGAAAUCAUAUCAAUAUAUCUAUUCAAAGUCAUUAGAGUUAAUGAACGAUGCAACCUUAAGAAAUGUACUGAUAUAAAAACAUCUUUUCAUUAUCUAAAUAACAAAGUAUUAUCAAAACAUAGUUCAAUUCAACCAAAUGUAUCAACUAUAAUCUUAGAUAAUAUAAUAGGAAUGAAUUUUGAUAACGAUAUUCUUAGACCUAUUGAUGCCAACCUACUCUACAAGAUGAUGUCGGAUUCCAAUGUUACAAAGUUUCAUGGUUGUCGAACACUGAUGAGGAAACUACCUGAUCAGAUCAGUGAUUUGUCAUUCUCCCAUACAUUUAGAGAAGAACUAACCAAAGAGAGUUUACCUCUGAACAUUAAGCAUAUUACGCUAUGCAGAUAUUACGAUAAACCUAUAGGAUUAGGUGUUUUACCAGAGGGUCUAGAGAGCAUUAAUUUUGGAUAUCAAUACAACCUACCAAUUGAAAGAAGUACACUACCAACAUCUCUCAAAUCUCUGACAAUCAGUUGUGAAUCAAUCAAAUUACUAGAAUCACUCCCACCCAACCUCAAAGUUCUCAGAAUCUCAGGUGAAGUACCUAGACCUAUCGAUUCAAAUUUUUUACCAAUCACUCUUUGCUCAUUACAAUCCAUUCCAGUUUGUUGGGUGCCCUACUUAACGAAACUUCCAAAUCUUACUUCGAUAUCAUUCUGUGAUAGAUCCAAAUCGGUUUUUAAUGGUGCGCUUCCACCAAACUUAACAGACUUGGAAUUUGAAUCUAAAUUUGUUAUAUCAGUAUCUAUGCCAUCAUCGAUCAGACACUUAACUCUGAAUGAAUGCUACUUUAACUAUGACCAGUUGUUCCCAGUGGACAUACAGUAUCGAUUAAAAAGCUUAACAGCACCCCGGUUACCAACACAAAAACCAAACCUACAGAUUUUUCAUAUCGUAUAUCAAGGACAAUCUGGAGUCAUUUCACUUGAGGCUAUUACACACGGUGUAGAAUCUUUAGAUUUGUCAUCUCAACUUUCUAAAUUGGAAGUUGGAUCAAUACCUGCUUCAGUCAAGCAUUUGAUAUUAAAUAAUUUUCAAAGCAUCACACCUGGUUCUAUUCCGAAAUCAUUAGAGUCAUUGGAGCUGCGCAAUCUAUAUUGGUCAAAUGUUACAGAAAUACCAAAUGGCUUGAUACCCGAUACUCUUAGAUCAUUGAAAUUAGAAUACUCAAAUGAAAUAUUAUCAAGUAUUCCUCGUACUCUGACCAACAUUAUCUUUAAAGAAACAGAAAAACACUAUGAAUGUCACAUUAGAAAAUUGGAUCAUCAUCAUUAUCUUAUGUUUGGUAAACCAAUCGAUAAAAUAGCGAAUUUCACAUUCCCACAUUUCCGUUCAAUUGUAUUAUUGCACGAAUCACUUUUUAUUGGUGGUACUAUUGCCAAGAUAUUGACAAAAACAUUCAACUUUUAUUCUAAAAAUUAUAAAUAA